AGAAAGAGACGUCUAGGGUUCAAGACGAAUUUACGUGUGACGGGUCGCUGGCGAGACGACUUAGGAACUCGUGACAGUUGGUAACCCGGACCCUCGUCAGAGAUGAAGAGGUCACGCAGAAGGGAACGGUCCCCGGCUCGCCCCGCCCCCCGCCCCCUGGCGUCUCACAGUCCUCACGCUGAUUGGUAGCCGCACGUUUCGCGUCCUGAUUGGUCGAGCCUGCUCAGCGCGCAAUUUAAAACAUGACUUCGGCUUGACUCUGCCCGUCAUGUCUCAAGGGAUCUUUUCUCCGCCGGCGGGCUUGCUGUCCGAUGAGGAUGUCGUGGUCUCCCCCAUGUUUGAAUCUACAGCUGCAGACUUGGGGUCAGUGAUUCGAAAGGACCUGUUGUCAGACUGCUCUGUCAUCUCCACCUCCCUGGAGGACAAACCUCAGGUUCCAUGUGAAGAUACUGCAGAGAAGGUGAAAGUCUACCUGCGGGUCAGGCCCUUGUUAACUUCGGAGGUAGAACGACUUGAGGAUCAGGGCUGUGUCCAUAUUGAGAAUACAGAGACUCUUGUUCUACGAGCACCCAAAGACUCCUUUGCCCUAAAGAGCAAUGAGCGGGGAAUUGGCCAAGCCACCCACAAAUUCACCUUUUCCCAGAUAUUUGGGCCUGAAGUGGGACAAGCAUCCUUCUUCAACCUAACUGUGAAGGAGAUGGUAAAGGAUGUACUCAAAGGACAGAACUGGCUUAUUUAUACAUAUGGAGUCACCAACUCAGGAAAAACCUACACAAUUCAAGGUACCAUCAAGGAUGGAGGGAUUCUGCCCCGGUCCCUGGCUCUCAUCUUUAAUAGCCUACAAGGCCAACUUCAUCCAAUACCUGAUCUGAAGCCCUUGCUCUUCAAUGAGGUAAUCUGGCUGGACAGUAAGCAGAUUCGACAGGAAGAAAUGAAGAAGUUGUCCUUGCUGAAUGCAGGUCUCCAAGAGGAGGACUUGUCCAAUUCCUUGAAGAGGAAUGUCCACAUUGAAAGUCGGCUAGGUACCAGCACUAGCUAUGACAGUGGCAUUGCUGGACUCUCUUCCACCAGUCAGUUUACCAGCAGUAGCCAGCUUGAUGAAACGAAUCACCGAUGGGCACAGCCAGACACUGCCCCAGUGAGUGUCCCAGGAGAUAUUCGCUUCUCCAUCUGGAUCUCCUUCUUUGAGAUUUAUAAUGAACUGCUUUAUGACCUGUUAGAACCACCUAGCCAGCAGCGUAAGAGACAGACACUGAGGUUGUGUGAAGAUCAAAAUGGCAAUCCCUAUGUGAAAGAUCUCAACUGGAUUCAUGUUCAAGAUGUUGAGGAGGCCUGGAAACUCCUCAAAGUGGGUCGUAAGAACCAGAGCUUUGCCAGCACCCACAUGAACCAGAACUCUAGCCGCAGUCAUAGCAUCUUCUCCAUCCGUAUCUUGCACCUUCAGGGGGAAGGGGAUAUAGUGCCCAAGAUCAGUGAACUGUCACUCUGUGACCUGGCUGGCUCAGAGCGCUGCAAAGAUCAAAAGAGUGGUGAACGGCUGAAGGAAGCAGGAAACAUUAAUACUUCUCUGCACACCCUGGGCCGCUGUAUUGCUGCCCUGCGACAAAACCAGCAGAACCGGUCAAAGCAGAACUUGAUUCCUUUCCGUGACAGCAAGUUGACUCGUGUGUUCCAAGGCUUCUUCACUGGUCGAGGCCAUUCCUGUAUGAUUGUUAAUGUAAAUCCCUGCGCAUCUACCUAUGAUGAGACUCUUCAUGUGGCCAAGUUCUCAGCAAUUGCCAGCCAGCUGGUGCAUGUUCCACCUGUGCACUUAGGGCUCCCAUCUCUGCAUUCAUUCAUCAAGGAACAUAGUGCUCAGGUAUCCCCUGGCUUAGAGAAAGGGGGUAAGGCAGACCCAGGCCUUGAUGAAAAUGAAGCCGACAUCUCCAUGUAUGGCAAGGAGGAGCUUGUACAGGUGGUGGAAGCCAUGAAAGCACUGCUUUUGAAAGAACGACAAGACAAGCUCCAGCUGGAGAUGCAGCUCCGUGAGGAAAUCUGCAAUGAGAUGGUAGAACAGAUGCAGCAGCGUGAACAGUGGUGCAGUGAGCAUUUGGACACCCAAAAAGAACUGUUGGAGGAAAUGUAUGAAGAGAAACUAAAGAUUCUCAAGGAGUCUCUGACAAGUUUUUACCAAGAAGAGAUUCAGGAGCGGGAUGAGAAGAUUGAAGAGCUAGAAACUCUGUUGCAGGAAGCCCGGCAGAAGCCAGCUGCUCAUCAGCAGUCAGAGUCUGAAUUGUCACUCCGCCGGUCACAAAGGCUGGCAGCUUCUUCCACUCAGCAGUUCCAAGAGGUUAAAGUUAAACUAGAACAAUGCAAAGCGGAGCUCAGCUCUACCACUGAGGAGCUGCAGAAGUACCAGAAAAUGUUAGAACCACCUCCCUCAGCCAAGCCCUUCACUACCGAUGUGGAUAAGAAAUUAGAAGAAGGCCAGAAGAAUGUAAGGCUGCUUCGGUCAGAGCUCCAAAAACUUGGCCAGUCUCUCCAGUCAGCAGAAAGGGCCUGUUGCCAUAGCACCGGAGCAGGAAAACUUCGUCAAGCUUUGGCCAAUUGUGAUGACAUCUUAAUCAAACAGGACCAGACCCUGGCUGAGCUACAGAAUAAUAUGAUGCUGGUGAAACUAGACCUUCGGAAGAAGGCAGCGUGCAUUGCUGAGCAGUAUCACACUGUGCUAAAGCUCCAAGGCCAGGCUUCUUCCAAAAAGCGCCUGGGAACUAACCAGGAAAACCAGCAACCAAACCACCAACCCCCUGGAAAGAAACCAUUUCUUCGAAACUUACUUCCGCGCACACCCACUUGCCAGAGUUCGAAAGACUGCAGCCCUUAUACACGUAUCCUGCGCUCACGGCACUCUCCUUUACUCAAAUCUGGGCCUUUUGGCAAAAAAUACUGACUGUGGAGAAGAUGUACAAUCAUUGCCCUAACUGCUCAGCUAAUAGGUCUCUUUUAGGCUUUGUCAAUAUCUGGAACUCUCCAGAAUAUACUAUGCAAAUACUAGUUAUAUUUUAUACCCUUUUACUCUUGUAUUAUAAUCACCUAUGUAUUGUUAUUUUUUCACUAUUGUUUUUAUGCACAAAAAUAUUAUAUUAAAGACAUUGUUUACAUUUUUA